AUGUCUGCCAGUGCUAACUCGAACCUUAACAAAGGUCCUAGAAUUCUGGCUGUGAUAUGGGCGUUAUCGACCAUUACAUUCCUUGUUGUCGGCGCACGAUUAUACAUCCGUGUCUACUUAAUUCGCAAUGCUGGUAUUGAUGACUAUAUCAUCCUUGGUUCAUUGUGCCUAACUCUAGCAUGCGUUGGAAUGACUACAGCAAAUAUACAUAUGGGAUACGGAAGGCACGCAUGGUACUUGGAAGAAAGUACAGUGCAAACGAUUACCAUGGUUAACACGAUCAGCUUCGCUGUCGGCAUCUUUUGUUUCACCCUUCCAAAGGUCGCAGUGACGACUCUAUUGACUCGGAUUCUUAAUCCAAGCAGGACACAACGUAUAGUGCUAUGGACACUCAUUGGAAUUACAUCCACAGCAACUUGGGAGCACAAUCUUGUGAAUGAGGGCCGGGCAACAUGCAACAUAUGGCUUCUCAUUAGGUAUGGUAUUGCUAAUGCAGUUAUCUCUGCAUGUGUCGAUCUGUAUCUUGCCAUUUAUCCAAGUACGGUGUUAAUGAAACUUCAUAUGCCUUUGCGGAAACGGCUGGCGCUUUGCGCUGCUUUGGGUAUGGGCUUGGCAGCCGCUGCCAUGGCCAUUGUGAAAAGCAGUCAAUUCCCAGACUUAGCACAUCUGGACGAUUAUACAUAUGAAACUGCGGAUCUUGUUAUGUGGACAAAUGUCGAAGCCAAUGUCCUCAUCCUAGCCUCCUGCAUCCCGACUCUACAACCAAUUCUUGAGCUGACUCUUAGAGGUCACGUCCGCGCGAAAAGUCCCCAACGGAAAGAUGCGAACUACCUACGGGAUUACACGUUUCAUGGAACCGGACACAGGACAAACAGACGGUCAGACCGCUCGAUUACGCAAGUCGAAAGUCAGGAGAGUAUUCUUGGUGACGAACGUCACAAAAAUAGCCAUCCUCUGGGUGCUAUCGUGCGGACAGACGAUGUUUCGGUGGAAUACAACACUCGUUCGAUGCAUAGCAUGCCCGACAGACACGCGACAUGGAGGAUCGCCUAA